AUGCCACAAUACUGUAAGCAACUUGAUUGUAGAAAAGGAGCUUCAUUUGGUCCAAAAGAUUCAAAAACUCCAUACUAUUGUGCUAUGCAUAAGCCAGUUAAUUAUGUCAACGUGAAGACACAGUGUCGAGAAGAUGGCUGUUACAAAUUUCCUCAUUUCAGUUUUCCUGGAUCAAUAGCAACCUCAUUUGUCACUCAUAUGAAAGAAGGAAUGAUCCAUUUGAAGGCCAGAACAUGCUUAGAACCUGGAUGUAAUACACAUGCAGUUUUUAAUGUUGUUAGCGCAGAUAAGGGCAAAUAUUGCACUAAACACAAACAACAAGAAAUGAUUGAUAUCCAAACCAAACUUUUCUACAUAAGCAGUAUGGAAAAAAUACAAGGUCAAUAUUGUGUUAGUUACAAAACGGCUGAUAUGGUUAAUGUAGUAAAUCGGCAGUGUGAGAAAGCUGGUUGCAUGACCUUCCCUUCUUUUAAUCUUUUGGAAGAAAAAAGUGCACGUUUCUGUGAAGUCCACCGAAAUCCUGAAAUGGUCAAUGUUAUUGGCCCAAAGUGUAAUAAUAUUAGUUGCCAAAAAGAACACUAUAUGGAAUACCUGGCUAUAAAAUGUCACAAUGUGACAUACAUAAAAACAAAG